AACAUAAUAUAAACACAGACCUUGAAAGCAGGAACUUGGAAUUAAGUAGGUCAUUAACCAAUUUACCAAAUGGAUCGAGACAGAGCAAAGUCGACCAUGGCUACAACAGCUGCUAUGGGAUGCUUGAAGACUCUUUUGAUGAUUUUCAACUUUAUAUUUUGGGUGACUGGGAUUGCUAUCAUGGCUUUGGGAAUAUGGACCAAAGUUGACCUGUACAAGUACAUGGAACUUUCUUCAAUCUACUACAAAGAUUCUCCAUGGAUUUUGAUUGCUGUGGGUGCUUUGAUAGUGAUUGUUGGAUCAUUUGGAUGUUGCUGUACAGCCAAAGGAAAUGCUGUGUUAUUAUAUAUGUAUGGACUUUUCCUUGUGCUUGUGUUUGCUGUAGAACUUGGAGCAGGUGCAGCAGGGUUUUUCUACAAAGGAAAGCUGGAGCAAGGAUUUAAAGAGGGACUAGAAAAUGCAUUGAAACAGUAUGGAAAUGGAAGCAAAGCCAUGGAUGAGCUGCAGUCCCAGUUGCACUGUUGUGGCAGUGAUAGCUAUCAGGAUUGGUUCAGCACGCCUUGGGAGAAAACAGUGAAUUCAAGUAGAGCUGUGCCUCACUCUUGCUGUAAAGACGCUGUGUGUAACAACUUGAAUGUCAAUGUAAAUGCUACAGAUAUCUACACAGUGGGUUGCUACAACACGGUAGUAGACUUUAUGAAAUCAAACAUGGCUGUUAUAGCUGGAGUGGCAUUUGGUGUUUCUUUCUUCCAGCUACUUGGGGCAUUACUAGCAUGCUGUUUGGCAAAGCGGGUCAGGAAAUCCAAAUAUGAACAGAUGGCUUAGUUGAUAUUCAAAGUUUGUGGUCAACAAGGAUCUGAGUGAUGAUCAAUUUAUUCUCUUAUUUCAUAAAGUGAACAUUCUAGUGCUUUAGUUUGAUUUCAAGUAAAUAAUAGAAUAAUUGAAAGAAAGUGUGAUAUUUGUUAAUGACUGUAACAGUCAAUAUUAUUUGAUGAUGAUAAAAUAAAACCGGUUAUUUUUUGUAUUAAAUGCAUUCCAUAUUGUUUCAGAACUUUAUUAAUGUUGAAUUUCUAUUAGACUGUAAUCUUAACAUGAGUACCUGUUCAUUAAUAUUGUUUUACUGCAUUUUACAACUGCAUUCCUCCUCCUUAUUUCGGUUCACAUCUACCAAGAUUCCUGUGUUAAUGAAUCAUCUUGGGGGGGGGGGGGGGGUUGUCUAUGGAGCUGAUAAAUCAGUUGAUAUAAACAUCACUUGGAACAGGAUCGUAAUUUGUAUGAAGAAAAUAUAAUUAUUUACAUAGAUUAUGAAGUGCUCAAAUCAAACUAUCAUCCAUAAAGACUCCAAGAACUAGAUAGCUACAUCCUUAUAUUUACAAGUUUAUCAAGUGAGAUAUGAGUAAUAUCACAUUUAUUUUACAUAUUUAUGUAUACAAAUCCCUCCUACUUUAUUUAUUUGUUAUUACACAUAUUCAUGCAAGCAAAUAAUUCCAUCACAGAUCUUUUAUUAUAUGGCAACACGUGACAGAUACUUUACUUAUAGGGUAUUAUUGAAGAAAUACUAAUGUAAAUAUUUGAUCUUUAAUUUUUUCCUCAAACUUUACUGUGAUUUUAAAGCUGAAAAUUUUAUGUUUUAAGAUAUUUUUUUUAUCAGAUUUAUUUUACGCUGAACAAUUUUAAGGUUUUUUCCUUUAUGACUGUCUGUACAAAUUUCCUAUCAAGGGCAUACAGAAGAUAUUCUGAAUGAUACUAUGUCAUAUUUAUAAUUUUUAUUGAAAAAAUCUAUGUUUAUGAAAUUCAUGGGAAAAUUUAGAAUAGGGUUGCAUUUGAAGGUCAUCUGGUCAACCCAACAUGAAAGAUAUAGAAGCUACAUUGUUUGUUACUGAAUAUUAUGCUAAUUCAAGAAGGAUGAUUUUUGUUUUUGCUUAUUUUGUUAUUUGGUUUGUUGUUGGCUUUGUCAACUUAAGCAUAUAUAUAUAUAUAUAUAUAUAUAU